UCCAAAGACAAUUUCUUCAGGAACUCAAAGCUGACAUCAAACCCAAAUCCCAAACUGUACAAAGGGAAUUUUUUACCAAUCGCCUUUUUCACAUUUUCCUGAAUCUUCUCUGGGUUGGUCUCACCUUUUUGCAAAAAAAUUAAAAAUAAAUAUCAAGAGGGAUUUUAUGCAUGGCAAUGGAGAAAAAUUGGAAAAUUUAUUUCUAAAUGUAUAGUCCACAUGUCAUGCCCAAGGACUGUUCUGUGUGUUUUUCUGUCUCAUGUGCUCUCCAUGACCUAGUUUUCCCUCGUGUAUGCCCAUAUUUGGUUCCUGUUCCUGUCCCCAUUUAGUGAAUUCAGUUUCACCUGUGUUUGAUUAAUUACCUCGUUUAGUUUCUGUUACUUAAGCCCUGUGUUUUCCCUUGUCUAGCGCCCGGUAUUGACAGUCGAUGUUGUGCUUCAUGUGAGUCUCUGCCUGCCUUGUGUUACCCCGUUUUGGAAUGUUUAUUAAAGACUGUUUACUGUGAGUUUAUCCACAUUUCCUCGUUCCUCAUCUUGUCACAGUAGGCAACAGUGACAGAAUACCGUACCAAUACAAAGUGAGCAGCGAUCGACCUUUAUUUUCCCGUUUAUACUCAGUGUUUUCUUUUGGUUUUUCUUAUGGAUCCCCUCGAGCAUUUAUGUUCUGUGUAUCAAGAUGGUCGUCCCCUGGAGGAGUACAUCCAUGAGUUCCUCACCUGUCAAAGCAGACUUCCCUCAACCGGUGGACUCUUGUUGACUGUUUCUGGGGUGGUCUAGAUGAGGGGAUCGCCCAGCGAAUGGCACUGGUUGGGUCCAGGUGGACCCUGCCUGAUUACAUGAACCUGGCUCAGUACCUCAGCGGAUCCUGUCUCCUCGCCGCCAGCCCAGAAACAUCACCCAUUAGUUCCAUCCAUCCACAGUCAAGCCCGCCAGCUGUUCAUCAGUCAAGCCCGUCGGCCUCUGCACCCCUAAACCCUCAGCUGACAGCUGCUGUCACCCUCACCUCUAACCAAAGUGGGAAUCUGAGGAGGAAAAGGUUGUCAGCUCCAGCCACAGAGUCCGCUCCAGUGUUGGCUCCAGCCCCUGAGUCCACUCCAGUGUCAGCUCCAGCCCCUGAGCCCGCUCCAGUGUCGGCUCCAGCCACUGAGUCUGCUUCAGUGUCAGCUCCAGCCCCUGAGUCUGCUCCUAUGUCGGCUCUAGCCCCUGACCAGAGUCAAGAGAUGGCUCUAGCCCCUGACCAGAGUCGAGAAAUGGCCCAAGCCCCUGACCAGAGUCGAGAGAUGGCUCUAGCCCCUGACCAGAGUCGAGUCAUGUCCCCUGAAACCGUGCUUAUAAGUCUUGUCUUGUCCAGAGAAGAAAUUCCUGUCGGUCCUGUCACGUCCACAGAGGCUCGUCUGAAACUGGCUGCUUCUCUUGUUAUGGCCACGGAGGCCAUUCCCAAGCCGCUUGCUUCUCCUGUUGCCUCUAUGGAAGCGGUUCCUGAGUUUAACCCUGAGAGGGCCCCUGUCUCCAUGUCCAGGCCAAGGAGGGCUGUUGUGCUCACAUCAGGCCCAGAGAGGGCCUCAGAUUCCGAGUCUAGGCCAGAGAGGGCUCCAGUUCCUGAGUUUAGUCCAGAGAGGGCUCCUAUAUCCACGACAAGCCCAGGGAGGGCUGCUGUUCCCCUGUCAAGCCCAGAGAGGGCUCCAGUUCCUGAGUUUAGCCCAGAGAGGGCUCCUGUCUCCACGUCAAGCCCUGAGAGGGCUCCAAUCACCGAAUCCAGCCAAGAGAAGGCUCAGGUGCCCGUUCCACCAGAACCUAUCCUGGCCGGUAGGCCCCAAAUUUCCCCCAAGGAAUUUCUGGGGGGAGGCUAUAGGGGUCCGGCCGUAGGGGCCGGCACGAGGGUCGAGGCCAAGGCCACGGAGACUGGCCUGCCAUGGCUCCCUAGUCUGCCUGAUCCGCCAUGGCGUCCUGGACUGCCUGAACCGCAAUGGUACCCGGAUCCGGUACCACCUUGAAGGUCUCCCGUCCUGUCCAAGCCUGUCCUGAGGGACCUCCAAGGUUAUGUGGAGCGAAGUAGCGCCUUCCGGAGGGGGGCAUUAUGUCACGCCCAAGGACUGUUCUGUGUUUUUCUGUCUCAUGUGCUCCCCAUGACCUAGUUUUCCCUCGUGUAUGCCCAUAUUUGGUUCUGUUCCUGUUCCUGUCCAAAUUUUCCAAAUGUCGCAUAUUAUUCCCCUAUACCUACACGGAGGUACUGAAUAGGUACACUAUAAUUACAAAAAAGUUACGCUGUAACUUCAGUUUACUUACGCAGUUGUUUGCAGGUUGCAUAUCUGGUUGUUACCCCCUUAUUACCCAAACGUAAGACAUUGUUCCCUUAUACCUACAUUUACGUUCUUUAUAGGUACACUAUAAUUACAGAAACGUACACUGUAAAUUGAGUAUACUUAGGUAGUUCUUUGUGGGUUGUAAUCUAAAGUGUUACUCAAUAUUUAUGUACAUAUACAAGAGUGCAUGCAGGAUUGAAUCAGUUAUUUUUUGCCUUUAGUGGGGUCUCCAUCAGUCAACAGGAUCAGGAUGGAUGCGGAUCCCUCUUGUGGGUAUUUGUUAAUCAUGUCCACAGCUUUUAGCACUGCAGAAUUUAUGUCUGUAGCUGAAAGGAAAGAAAAUAUUACAAAUAUGUACUAGGGUGGAAGUCUAGGAUGUCUUUGAUUGUUUUAAUUUGCUUCACAGUCAAAGAUCUGGCUAUUCAACUACUUAAACCAUGGAGAUCAUAUAUUCCCUGAAUGAUGUCAGUUAGGCAUUAUUUCCACUUAAGGGUAUUUUUUCCUCAUACAUCCAUUUAUUCAUCUAGAAUGCUUUUGUUCAGU